AUGGUAGAAGAGCUUCAAGCUCUUAAUGAAAACAAUACCUGGACUAUAGUGAAACUUCCCAAAGGAAAGAAGGUUGUGGGAAGUUGUUGGGUAUACAAGACCAAAUUCCAUUCAGAUGGCACAAUUGAAAGGAACAAAGCUCGUUUGGUUGCUCGAGGAUUUACUCAAACCUAUGAAGUAGAUUACAAGGAGACAUUUGCUCCCGUGGCAAAGAUGAACACUAUGCGGGUGCUGUUAUCUGUAGCCAUUAACAAUGCAUGGCCUCUUUUUCAAAUGGAUGUUAAAAAUGCUUUCCUGCAUGGUGAUAAUAUGUCAGAGAUUAGUGCUCUUAAACAAUAUCUCAAUCACAAGUUUGCCAUCAAAGAUCUCGGCAUUCUUAAAUAUUUUCUAGGGAUCGAGAUAGCACACUCUCACAAGGGUUGUUUUCUAAAUCAGCGUAAGUAUGUUAUUGAUCUUCUUCGUGAGGCCAACAUGGCAUAUUGUGAACCUGCUCGCACACAUUUGAAUAGUAACUUAAAGCUGCAAUCUCACGGUGAUCCUAUUCCCAAUAUAGAGUACUAUCAGAGAUUGGUCGGCAAACUCAUUUAUCUAACUAUCACUCGUCUUAAUAUAGCAUAUGCCGUGAGUCUUGUUAGCCAGUUUAUGCAUGCUUUAAGCAUGGAUGACAUGAAGAUUGUUCAUCGUGUGCUUCGCUAUUUGAAGGGCUCCAUUGGAAAAGGGAUUCUCAUGCGCAAUAAUAAUCACACUCAUAUCUCAGGAUAUAUAGAUGCAGAUUGGGCGGGGAACGCUCUCGAUCGUAAGUCUAUCACUGGGUUUUGCACCUUUGUAGGAGGUAACCUAGUCACCUGGAAGAGCAAGAAACAAAGCGUGGUUGCGCGCUCUAGUGCAGAAGCAGAAUACCGUGCUAUGGCUUCGACUGCUUGUGAACUUAUUUGGCUCAAAAAUCUGUUAUUGGACUUAGGGUUUCCUCAUCAGUAA